AGUUCACCACAGCUGACAACAGACUGAAAUGUACUUUCGAUAUCGAAAACAACAAUACACUGUGUACAGUACUGUACAGACAACUUCUACUGGAGGGUCUUUGAAGCUGCACAUGCCUCGAUGGAUUUUGUCAAACAGGAUGACGACUUUCUCAGACGUCUGCAGCACAUCGAACUAACAAACAAUAGUUGCAAAAGCAAAGACCCCUCCAGGAUGGCUGCCUCUCUGAGGAAUAUGUAUGCUCAUUUUGUGGAUACUCCUUUGAGUGAUAAGAGAAGCUCAAUGGUAAUGAUCUGUGAAUCAGAAAGGUAUCUUGAAAAGUAUGCAGAAGUGAUAGAUCAGAUGGAUGGGACAGGACUCAAUAAUUAUGCAGAGGCGGCCUUAGCCCUGUGCAGUCAUCACAAAAAUGAGAGCACAAAGUGGAAAACUCAUUUGACUGGCGAGAGCAUUUUGCGAAUGUGUGAGCUUGAUGACGAUGAAGAGGCUGAUUCUGGGGAUUUUGAUAUUGACAUUACUAUUCAAGGCCUGAAAGAAAAAUGUCCGAGCAAUUUCCCAGCUGCAGGCAGAAAACAAGUUACUGGAGGAUCUACAGAACCAAGACAACACCCUGGAGGGGCUUCUUUGUUUCCUGACAGCAAUGUUCUUCCUCCCAUGAACAAUAGGGUUCGAACCUCUGACAACCACCACACUUCAGAAACCCUUGGCCGACGUGGAUCAAACCCAUCUGUCUUUAACAACUCCACUGCUGUGCAAACGUUUGGCCGACACAAAUCUGACCAGUCCCCCUUGAACAGUAGUAACACCCCUGACAAUUCAAGGUCAUCAAUGGGCCUGCUCCGAGCAAAAGCUUUUCACUUCAACAAUUCCGAGAGUCCCGACAACUCGACAUUGUUGGGUCAACAACAGAGGUCAAACCUACCGUACGGAAACAGUGACCGGAGCGGGCCGGCAGUGCCGAGCACAAGGCCUCACACAGCCUGGGAUUCUGGUCUGGCCGUCCAGCGAGAGGAAAGAUUUUUUCAUUCUGAGUCGCCAGCGACAAACAGAGUGAUGGUCAAUGCACAAAAAGUUGGCGGACCGUAUGCGAACUUUGGUCAGAAACGGAAAUGUCCAGAUCAAGCUGUGGAAAAGGGCAACAGGAAAUAUCCCAGAAAUUCCUUCUCCUGUGCAGAGGACGAUGAGGAACCGUACAACCAGGGCCCUAACGAGAAUGCCCACACCACCCCUUUCCGAACGGCCAAGCAGCAGUUGGUCAUUGAUCAACAGAAGAAGAACAACCACGGGCAUGGAGGAGACCGGUCCCACAUCACGGGCACCAGUUACGGGGCGGUGAAGAAGUCUCUGGGAACCAGGAGAGGUCCGGCCAGCAAGUUUGUUCCCCCAGUGUUGAGCAGGGACUCGGACGAGAAUGACUUCCCCUCGGAAGUGACGAGCCGAGCAGGUGCGGGGUUCAAACCUCAGGGUCCACAGACGUCUGUGCCAGAGGAAGUGGAGGACGAAAGGCUACGUGGCAUUGACCCGAAAAUGAUCGAACUGAUCAAUAAUGAGAUCAUGGACCAUGGCACCAAAAUCACGUGGGAGGACAUCGCAGGGCUGGACUUUGCCAAGAAAACCAUCAAGGAAAUAGUUGUGUGGCCGAUGCUCCGACCGGACAUUUUUACUGGACUGAGGGGCCCACCGAAAGGACUGUUGCUGUUUGGACCCCCCGGCACAGGCAAAACCCUGAUUGGAAAAUGCAUCGCCAGUCAGUCCAAGUCCACGUUCUUCUGUAUAUCAGCGUCUAGUUUGACGUCAAAAUGGGUGGGAGAGGGAGAGAAGAUGGUGAGGGCUCUGUUUGCCGUGGCGCGCGUCCAUCAGCCGGCCGUCGUGUUCAUUGAUGAGAUCGACUCUCUGCUGGCCCAGCGGUCUGACACAGAGCACGAGUCGUCUCGGAGAAUUAAGACGGAGUUCCUCGUCCAGCUGGAUGGUGCUGCGACAGCGUCAGAGGAUCGCAUCCUGGUCAUUGGUGCGACAAACCGCCCCCAAGAGAUUGACGAGGCAGCACGGAGGAGGUUUGUGAAGCGACUUCUCAUUCCUCUGCCCGAGGCCGUCGCUCGUCGCCAGAUUGUCUCAAACCUCAUGUCCCAGCAACACUCGGACCUAGGCGACAACGACGUACAGGCCAUCUGUGACCAGACUGAUGGCUACUCUGGGGCGGACAUGAACAAUCUGUGCCGGGAGGCGGCGCUCGGGCCCAUCCGGAGCAUACCCCUGGAGCAGAUUGAGACCAUUACGUCGGACCAGGUGCGGCCGAUCACCUUGAAAGACUUCCAGGACGCGUUGCUUCAAGUCCGUGCGAGCGUCUCGUCCAAAGAUCUCCAGCUGUACGAGGAAUGGAAUCACACCUUCGGCAGUUUUGGUCAUUGAGCGGAUUUAAAAAGUCACAGGUUGUUUAUACCGGGCUUGCCAGCUGCGCUGCAUUUCUCAGGACUGUCUCAGAUUCCGCGAUUGGGAAGUUGACCAGAGAACAUUAUAGCCUCCACCAUAUGGGACAAAUUUGGAACUUGCUGCUUGGUGUGAGUCAGCCUCUCUGUUUGUUUUAGCUGAAGUGACCACCAUGUUGGAUGUCCCUGGUUGGCUUUUGGGCUUUUGAAACAGUUAGCGAGCUUGUGAGACUUUUCCCUGUUGUCUGUAACAGUUCUGUGAUGUUGCUCAUUGUAUUGUACAGUGUUAAUGAUUUCUUAGGCGUGAGAAAAUGCUUUUAAAUUCUCAAUAAAGAGGGAAAAAAACGAA